AUGAGCUCAUCGCCCGAUACCGCCGCCGAGCAUACGACGCCUGUCUCCAACCUCACCUACCUGCACAAGCAACAACGCAAAGGCACAAAGGUACAGGACACACCACAAGCGCGCGGUCGCAACACGUCGAGAUAUGAGUUGGGAAGAAGAAAUAGGGCGACGGACAAGGUUACGCGGAUAUACCCCAGAGAGAUAACCAAGUCGCCUUCCUCAGCAAAGCGUCUGUCCUCCACGUCUCCCCCCUCAAACUACAAUGCCACUACAUCUCCGUUGCUAUCGGCUAUCGGUGCCACACGAACCACGGCCGCACAAUACACCAACGAGUGGGCCAAGUCGGUGCCAUUCUUUCCCAACUCGGGCUCGCCAGGAAAUGGUGGCAUAGCCAUAGCUGGUUCACCGCCUACCUUUCACAACUCGCCCGGUGCACGAGACGGACUCUAUGCACAACAGGCCAUGUCAAACUCACCUCCAGGUGCAAGGCCUCUGAGUCAUCCAAGUCAAUACACAAACUUUGGCGGACGCCUGCAGAACUCGCCCGGCAAAGAUCGUAGAGCAUCUAUGUAUUCGCAGCAAGGCGCUCGUCCGCCAUCCCAACACUUCGUGCCGAACCCGCCCCUGCCACAUCAACCUCAAGCACAUUACUAUGGCUUGCCAAAUAUCGAUUUCGGCCUCAACAGCGGCCCGACCGAUGGCAUCCAGCCAGGGGAGGGAGGCUAUUUCUGUGGUUUCGAUACUCUAUCUAUGGCAGGAGACGAGGCGGCUCGGUCAUCCGAGAACGUGCUACUUGUUGGGUCACAAGGAGGGCUUGAUGUCUUCCGUGUCGAGAAGAGCAAGAUGGACAUCGUGGGUCGUCUAGAAGGACUUCGGGGUGGUGUCAUAGGCGCCAAGAUCUUGCCUUGGACAUCGCGGAGAGACCCCUUAGCGGCCUCCCGUCCACUGAUCGCACUCAUACUCCACGGCCCGGUCAUCAAGGACAGCAGAAGCUCUAGUGGAAGCGGUGCAUCCUCCGUGGUUGAUGAUUCGGCGUCCGAGUCGCCUAGCAGGCCAUCCUCGCGACAUGGAAAUCGUGAUGGGCAGAUUAGUGGCUACCAGACAACCGUCGAAGUAUACUCACUGAAGGAGAGACGGAGGUUGGCAGUCCUGUAUCGCACUCCACUGAUACCCCUCACAAGCCCAAUCGACAGUCCUCUGUUCCAGCCUCCACCUCCGGUAGGCGAAUUUGUCAUUGACGCGAAGGGAAAAUUCGUCGUCGUCGCAUCUGGCGCAAGUGGAGAAGUCUUCGUAUUCGCACCCUACUCGGGAAAUCAUCCAGAGUAUGUUGAGCAAUUCCGCUGCAUCGGCAAAUUAUGGACAUCGGUUCAGAACAGGGAACGAGCCGUUCAUUCAAACGGUUCCAGUGCCGUUGAUGGAAAUCAUGACGAGAUUCCUCCCGAGAAAUAUGGAUUGCCCGUAUUCUCUCUCUCUGAUCGCUGGCUUGCCAUUACUCCGCCAGCAUCGAGUGCGCUUUACCCUGUAAACGGUGUGGCGCUAACGUCACCCUACUACGAGCGCGCUCCAGGUCUUGCGCACCACAGCGUACCACCUCAGCCGUCGCCCAAUUGCGCUGUCGAUAUGCCCAACGAAGCAGGCUUGAUGGACAGACUUGCCCGGGAAGGGACACAAGUAGCGAUCAAGAGCGCACGUUGGGCUACCGAGAAGGGAGUUCAAGCCUUCAAGAGCUACAUGAAUAGAGGUCAGCAAGUAAACAACGUGCCAUAUGGUCAGGAUCCCAUGCAACACUACUUCCCGCCGACUCAUGGCCACAACCAGACUCAGCCAAGACAAGAAGCAUCUGUGAUAUCCGUCUACGACUUGCAAAGACUGGUAGAUGCGGAAGAAACAAGGAACAAGAACGCACUCCAUCCUGUUGCCACCAUGCCAGCGGCUCUCGGUUGCAGCUUCAUGUCUUUUGCACCUAGUGGUCUGAUGCUUAUGACCGUGAGCAAGAAGGGUGAUUACCAGGACGUUUGGGAUCUGAAGCGCAUGAACUUCCGACGAGCACGCAAGACUGUUAGAGAGCAGCCAACUGGUCCUUAUGUGCGACAAGUUGCUCGCUUUACCAGGAUGACAGUCGCGAACGUCAUUGAUGUGGUUUGGUCUGCUCCUCGAGUCGACAAGCUAGCAGUUAUUACCGAUAAAGGAACUGUGCACAUGUUUCCGAUGCCUGCGUCGGCCUUUCAGUGGCCGCCAGCUCGACGGAUUCGUCCUGCGACAUCCUCUGUGCCACCAAAGGAUGCUACGUCUCCUGCAGGCCCUACUGGUAUGGUCAACUCAGCAAUGCAAGCCGUCAAUAGCGCUAAGCCUUGGUUUGAUGCCGUUCGUGCGAAGAAUGGCACUGGCGCAUCUCGAUUCAGUCUUAGUGGUCUAGGUGUAACGCCUGCCGCUGGCGCAAAAUCUGGUAAAGCCGUUGCUGCGGGUGUAGGCAAGUCAAUCAACAACAUCCGCCAUGCAGGUGACAACAAGAUGACGCUUCCGUCCUCGCCUAGCGGUAUCAAGCCAUAUAGCGUACGCUGGCUUUCUGGCAGAGGGCGUGGCUCAAUCGCACUAGUAUCGGGCGGCGUACUUCAGAUCUGGCGGGUGCAGAUGAGAGCUGCGACAGGCAAAGGGAAGUCAUCAAACACUGCGUCUAUAACCAAGAAGAAGACUGUGGAGUUCGGACUUGCUCCCAUCCCUGGUUCUGCAUUGCCACCUUCUGUCACCGAGCAAUUAUUCCCACAAUCCGGUGACCCGGAACCAACACAGGACUGCUAUGGCGACUGGCUUCCUCGGACAUUACCGUCUCGUAAGCCUGUCACACCGUCUCUCGCACCACUCAGCUUCUCCGAGAUUGAAACAAACCCUCCUUACCAGCCCUUUUAUACCGACAAGCGUGUGACACGUUUUGUCUACUCUAGACAGUCUCUUGAGGUCCAUGAUGAAGGCAGUGAGUACCAGCCCUCGUUACCGGGACUUAUCUCCGAUCUCCAUCAUGAAGACAGCUCGCCCUGGCUCUUUGGCGAGAGCAUAGAAGCGACGCGGCUGUCGACACCAAUUACUCAAGCAUAUGACUCCGGAGAGGACGAUAUUACCGGUGUUGCUGCUAGGAUUGAGAACAAGCUCGUUCUUCAGGACGGUGAAGAGGAAGUGGAACAGGUUGUAGUCACCACCAGGCGAAGGCGUGUGAAGAAGGAAGGUGACGAGGAUAAUUUCUUCGAGGACGAUUGCGAAGUAUUGGAUUUUGCAGAAGAUAGGGUGUAA